AUAGAAGAAGGGUCCUAUUAUUACUCACAAGGUGUUUUUCGACAUUGAGAUCGAUGGUCAAUACAGUGGACGAAUUGUGAUGGGAUUAUAUGGAAGAUUAGCUCCGAUAACAGCGUAUAAUUUCCGAAUGCUAUGUACAGGAGAAAAGGGAAUAGGAAAGAGUGGAAAGCCACUCCAUUACAAAGGAUCCGUCUUCCACCGCAUUAUUCCAAACUUUAUGAUCCAGGGAGGCGAUAUUACGAAGGGAAACGGAAUGGGAGGAGAGAGUAUCUACGGGAAGCAAUUUGCUGACGAGACAUUUGAAUUAAAGCACUCUCGUCCUGGGAUGCUGUCUAUGGCCAAUUCAGGAAAAGACACAAAUGGUUCCCAGUUCUUCAUCACGACUGUAAAGACACCGUGGCUUGAUGGAAAACACGUUGUUUUUGGUCGAGUGAUUGAAGGAAUGGAAGUUGUCAAGGUUAUUGAAUCGAUGGGAUCUCCAAGCGGAAUUCCUCUUCGUCGUGUUGUCAUUUCUGAUUGUGGUGAGUUAAAAAAACAAUGA